AAUUCAAACCGGGAGCGCCGGGGCCGCCGCCGCUGCCGCCCUGCAUCGGCCCUGCCCCGGCCCGGCAGCUGGUGAGUCGCGACCUGUGCCCGCCACGGCCCUCCCGGCCCCAGGCAAGGGUCAGCACCCCUGGAGAGCCGCGCUAAGGCCACCGGGCGGCCGGGAGAGGGCAGCGCCUAGGCCCGGCGCGGGGCGGAGGGCUCCGCGGGAGCAGGUGAACUUGCUGGCGAGGGCGGCAGCGCAGGGCUGGAGGGGCUGAAGGAGGAGCUGGGAGCGAGUUGGCGCUGCUCUCCUUGGCCCCUCGGACCGCCCGUCCGCGGCAGUGCCCCGGCCCUGUACGGGAACUGCAGGUCGAGGCCUCCUUGGGAAGUGACGCGCUCCUGAUUUGUUCCUCUCCCUUUCAAUGGAGAGUGACAGUAUAGAUCAAUAAUGAGGACCAGCCCUCGCAGGCCCUUAAUUCUCAAAAGACGGAAACUGACCCUCCCACAGAAUGAUGACUCCAGUACUGCAGCAAGAGAGGAGAAGAGAGGUCAGGAUGAAAAGGCUCCUAAGCAGGAGCAUAGGCAGGAAGACCAACACAACAGACAAUCCAGAGACAAAAGGGACUGUGGCCUGCAGAAAUUCCCAGCGGGAAUAAAGAUAAUUGACCAUCCUACAAUGCCCAACACACAGGUGGUGGCCAUCCCUACAAACGCUGAUAUCCAGAGCAUCAUCGAGGCAUUGACAGCAAAAGGAAAAGAGUGUGGCAACAAUGGCCCCAACAAGUUCAUCCUCAUUAGCAGUGGGGGCACAUCCCGUUCAGCAGAUCCAGCACCAUCACAGCAUCUCCCAUCAGAGAAGAAAGCCAGUGCAGCCAUCAAGGCUGCAGAUAGUCAAGAAAGAGAGAAGAAUGUUCCACAGACACCUGGUCUUGCAGGCAGUACAGCCCUCUGGCAUUCAGGAGCUGAUCCUGUGGUUGGACAGGAACAGGAGACCAACAGCAGUGGUGAGACAAUGAGCUCUGUGUUGGACAACAGUCUCACCAACAUCCAGUGGCUGGGGAAGAUGAGAUCUGAUGGGCUAAAUCCCUCUUCAGUGAAGGAAGACACAGAGAAAGAAAAUCAGGUGCCUCUGCAGGAAAGAGUCAAGACUGAAGAGGAAGCUGCUGCUGCUGCUGUGUCCUCCUCAUGGCAGGACUCAGUGUCAGAACGACCUCCUUACUCCUACAUGGCCAUGAUCCAGUUUGCCAUCAACAGCACAGAGAAGAAGCGCAUGACCCUGAAAGACAUCUAUACCUGGAUUGAGGAUCAUUUCCCUUAUUUUAAACAUGUAGCUAAGCCAGGUUGGAAGAACUCCAUUCGGCACAACCUGUCCCUUCAUGAUAUGUUUGUCCGUGAGACGUCUGCCAACGGUAAAAUCUCCUUCUGGACUAUUCACCCUGAUGCAAACCGUUGCCUAACAUUGGACCAGGUAUUUAAGCCGCUGGAUUCGGGGUCACCAACAUCGCCUGAGUACUCUGAAUCACAACAAAAGAGUCGUCUUCCAGAUCCUCUGAAGAACAUGGGAAGCAAAACUGAACCCCAGAAUUCACGACGAAAGAUGAAGCCUUUGCUUCCUCGUGUCAACUCCUACCUGGUUCCAAUCCAGUUUCCUUUGAGUCAGCCUCUUGUCUUGCAGCCUUCCAUGAAGAUUCCUCUGUCCAUGGCACAGGGAGCAUCCCUUAACAGCUCAGAGACUUUGCAGAGCAAUAAACGUGUGCGCAUUGCUACAAAGAUGUCACUGUCUGCAGAAGAGUCACCCUGUUUAUCCACGGCUGCUGUCAAGGAGGAGGGUCAAUGUGAUGAAGGUUUAUUUCCCCCAACUCAUUCCAUACAGGAGAACAGCUCCCAGCCUGGUGAGGAAUUGUCUUCUUUCCCUGAGGGUGCCUGUAUAAAGGAGGAAGAAAGCUCUCAGCUGGAUCACUGGCUGUCCCCAUUUUCCUCAACCGUAACAGUCAAGGAAGAGCCAAGCUUGUUCCUUCCAGACUCAUCCCCAAAGGAGAGGAAACAGUUCACCACACUGAAGUCCCCAUCUAAGGCAGUUUCUGACUCUUUAGUUAUAAAGAGGAGGGAAAGGAGAGAAGUGGGCAGAUCCAGAAGGAAACAACGCCUAGCACUGCCUUGCUCAGAAGAGCCUGUCCUUGUUUUGCCAGAAAGCAGCAGCUUUGACCCUUUCCGGUUAGGGGCUGACCAUCCCUUCCCCCAGGAAAACCAGCCCCUUGAGAACCUAUCACAGCUCAGCUGCUCACGGGGAGAAGAGGGGGCCUUUAAAACACCAGUCAAGGACAUCUUCAGCAAAUUGCCCGUUUCUUCCACUCCCAGCAAAGUCUCAGCCACUACUACCCCUUCACUAGAGGUCCUUGACCCCUGGAAGUCUGCUUCCUUAGCCAAGGGAAGUCAUGAGCUGGACUUCAGUCCAGUGAAAACCCUUCAGUUGCCAUUCACACCCCUCCAGGACAACCAGGACUUGCUGGGUUUUAACAGCACACCCCUUAAAAAUCCUCUCUUUGAUUCUCCUCGCGAACUGCUCAAUACAGAAUCCAGUGACAUGGUCCAUGUGCCCCUCACGAGCUCUCCAGCGUUUAUUCGUGACACUUCCAGGCAAUCCUCUGUGGAACUGACAGCCUCUGGCUUUACUGAAAACCGGUCACUCAUGGAGGGCCUUAUCCUGGACACCAUGAAUGACAGUCUCAGCAAAAUCCUUCUAGAUAUCAGCUUUCCUGGUCUUGAGGAUGAAAAUUUAGGAACAGACAUUAGUUGGUCUCAGCUCAUACCUGAACUGAAGUGAACUGGCCCAGGGACUCAAUUUGACUUGUUCUGAUGUUACAGAAAGCACUCCACUCUUCUGAGAUUCAUUCCUGCAAUCUAAGACAACUACUUUUGACUAAUUUCCCACAUUCAUAGGAACAGAGAGCAUUAUUGACUCCUGCUAAGCUGGGAGACAGGACCAUCAGCUGCUAUGGGCUUCCUUUAUAAGAUGCUGUACACUUUGAGUGGAACAAGAUUGAUAGAACUUCUCUAGCCCUGUGCUAGAGAUAUCCCUGGAGAGAGGCUUCUUAUCAUGAGAAUAUCUAGGCAGGCCCUGAAUAGCAUUUGCUAUUCAAGAUAUCAGAGGAAACGAACAUGCUUCUCAGUACAAUAGGAAAGAGCCUGGGAACAUCCUCCUAGUUGUGUCCUAAUCUCCCUUUACUUUGUUCCCCUAUUACUUAGUAUCUUCUGUCUAGUUUUAAUGGCUGUAAAUACUGUACAUUCCUUAAAUUAGCCCUUAAUUAUAAUAAUAAUUUUAUUAUUGUAGGGUCAUGGGAAUAUUUGGCCUGGUAAGGGUUUGACCUAGAGUGUGUUGUCUGUAUGUUCACAUCUCUUGUAUUCUUCUACCCUAGUUGAAAGCCCAAUUUUUUUUUUUAAUUUUUUUUUUUUACUUCAAAAUCACAUUGAUCUAUGUUGUUCUAAGGAUUGCUGGGGCAAAGACCUGAAAAUGGUCUCUUUGUUACCCAAGUCAAACUGAAACAGAUUAUCUGGAUUGCAGCAUAAAAUCUUGGUUUGGCUUACUUUUCCCAGGCUGGAAAGAAGGCUGGAGAAAAGCUUGCUUUAAGCCAAAUAGCUCUUCUGAUUCCAGGGGUCUAUUAUGUACCUAGAGGACUAGGUAGAGAGACUGUUGGAGUAAGAUGGACCUCUGUUGAAUGGUUAAAGCUGCCCUCUUUACAGUCAGCAGUUGAAAAUGUAAAAAAAAUCAAAAAACCUAUAAAGGGAAUGCUGGUAUUUCCACUGAAAAUUGACCUCUGGAAACACAAGAUAUGUAUCUCUUUGUGCAAUAGAACCAGUUCUCUAGAACUUAUGUCAUAGAAGAAAUUGCCAUGGCAAAGAUCUGAUCCUUCUGCUUGCAGAGAAGUGGUGACUCUUGUACCCAAAUACUCAAUAAAGCUUCUGUGGGAACA